UUGCUUGUCAAACAGUUCGUAGUUUUUAAGUGUUACACAUCUUAGAUAUGGUCACGGUAAUACUAGUCGCAGUCGCAAUAGCAAUUGCUUUCCAUCAUACCAGCGGCUUUCAUUUUGAAGACCACCCUGACCACUUCAGAGAUUCGCCCGCCCAAUAUUUUGAUGAAAAUUCGGAUAUAGUGGGUGGCGUUUUAACGCAUGCACACCUCCACGCAUUAAAGAAGCAAGCCAAACUUCGACGUUUUGCCAAACGAGCCAAAUUGAAAUCUCACCUCCUCUUUCCAUUACUCUUGUCACCGACCCCGCAAGAGUUUGUCGAUGACGAUAUUAUUUACGAGGAGCACUCCGAUGGCGAGCCGCACCCAAAUGACGAGCACCACACCGACUAUGCUUCUCCCGGGCCAUACCAAGGUGACACGCCGGUCUCUGCGUGGAGCGACGGUCCAUACUACGACUAUUUCAGGGAUGCAGAACCAACGCAUCACACGAAAAAGCUGUUCCAUGGCAAUCCCCACGGGUAUCCGGUGGUUUUUCAUAACUACGGACCGCCUCCGCACCUUCACGAAGACUUUUCUUCACAUUCCGAAAGCCAGCAGUUUUACCACCCCCCUUCUCAUAACGCUCCGCAUCCGCAUCCAAACUCUAAUAAGCAAAACACGCUGAUACUAGUACCAUCAACUGGGGGCACUUUCCAGAUAUCCCAAGUAGCAGGGAACAACAACGGAAUCACUCAAUCCCAGGCGGCGCGUGCUGUACACGAAACUCUACUUGCUCCAAAUCCUUCCUUGGUAGCGCCCAGCACGUUUCCUUUACGCGGAAAUCGAGAAUAUUGGAGAGCAGCCGCCGAGCCAGACCAGGACAACGUCGGGCCAAGCAAACGGAAUAAACGCCAAUUAAACGAGUAUUUUUACGGGUUCAAUCCGUUCCAGCAAGCGCCGUGCCCACAUCAGGCGGGCUACGACCCCAUUGUGGGCGCUCCCAACGUUGUAAGCGUCAGUCGCAACAGGAAGAUCUGGCAAAUUCCCGGGCCAGACGAGGCCGACAUCAGCGUGGUAAUAAAACGUUCCGCGAAUAAAAGAAAGAAGCGAUCACUUCCGUUCUUGAGACUUCUACUCGACCCUAACGCGCAGAUCGACGUGCCCAAGACGUUCGCGCGGAUGGGGGCGAUAGCUAGGCACUCGGUCGAGAGCAAACACCAGCCCGUCUAUCAUGUAACGAACGCCAUUGGAUCCGUAAGGGACAUGUUCAUGUCCACCUUGAGAGUACCACCGCAAGAUUUAUUUGUGCCUUCUCAGUACAGCAUCGUUGAGAAAAAGCACGACAGUAGGAGGGCUGUACCAAACGAAAGCGAUGUGUACAAUAAGCUAGGAGGUAUGUUGCGCGACAGUAUUCGGUCAGCGGAAGAUGUGGCGGUGCAUGCCGGAGAUUUUUUGCACAGCGCCCGAAAAGUUGUGUCAACCUCAAAACAUGUAGUACCUCGCUUGGUGGUAUCCAGUUUACGUGUACCAGCGUUCCAGCACAAACUGCAUCUACCCAUCGUGUUAACAUCAAGAAGUCACCAUGAAAAUGCCGAGGCUCGGCACCAUUCGGAAACAGACCCCAACUUUGUAGGUGUUAAUCACGUAAUGGAAACGUUGGGGAUAGGACGCAAAGAUUCUAGACAUGCCGAGGACAUUUCCGAAACCUUAGAAGCGUUGGAUGGUGCUCAAAGAGCUGUUGGAGCUAGAUCUCUCAAGGAGUUUUUGACCCACCUGAAAAAUACCAAACCUCAUGGAUUGAAAAGAAGCGUUGACGAGUCCACCGGCCAAAAACCAGUACUACUACAAGGGGUCACGCGUGUUUUUCUAGCCAAUCCGGACGCCGACCUCGAAAUGAGAGACAAGCGCCAAGUGGGCGAGCCAUUCCUUGGCGCAAUUAAUCCGGAAAUGUUUCAGCGGCUGUUCAACGCGUCGCUCGACUCAGUGCGGCAAAAAAUUUCGCCACCUUUCCACGAUGGGCACCUUGACGAGGAAGAUGUCGACCAUCGAGUAGGAAUCGGAAUGGAAAUGGGAGGAGCGCUCAUUGAGCCUUUUAUGGGAAAACUGGACAUGGAUGAAAUCUACGCGUACCCUUACGAAGAUUCUUAUGACGAUGAAUACGAGUAUUGGUAAAAGCAGGUUAUUUAUUUCCUCAAAAUUGUUCAUCCUGAUCUAAAAUGUAAUAUACGUUAAAACAAACCCUUAAUUCCUAAGUUAUCACAGUUAGUUAAAGCCCAGAGUUAAGUUCACUUCCUAAA